AUGAUAAUUUGUACAGCGUAUUUUCUUUUAAGUUUGAUAUAUCUUGUGCACGCAGCUGACUAUACAAUUUUUCCCCAAGCGUAUUCACAAUUCUUUAACGGUUCUUCAUCAGAGCUAGACAUCACUUUAUCAGAAGCUUUUUUUUCUGGGGAAGAAUGCACAGGCCAAUUUGGGAUUUCUCUUUGGGUCAAAAUUGUCGAUUCCACUAUUAGUGGUGAUAUUUUCAACAUAGAAAGACCAGUGUAUGAAAUAUUUAGUUCGACCUUUACAUAUUACAAUAACUUUCCAGAACUUUAUUAUUCCUCGAGUACAUUGAAAAUUAUAUGGAAUAACCCUGAUUAUAGUGUAAUCAGCCAAACUUUAUCUCGCUCAAUUGUAAACUAUAUUUAUAUGAUUAAUUUUGCCAAAAAAAAUUGAAAAUUAUAAAAGUCUUAUCAUUUUUAAUGUAAAAUCAAUAAAAAAUAGUAUAAAAAAUAUAUAGACGAUUUCAACAAAUUGGAUUUUUGUUGGAAUUUCCGCAAGUUACCCUGACAAAACUGUAGUGUUUUGUAUAAACCAAGGAAGUGGCUCAACUUGUAGCAGUGGGUCUUGAAAUGCCCAAAUCGGAAUUUCGUUUGAUUCAGUUUUGAUAAUGGGAGGAAGUGACUCUUUUACUGGAAGAGUGGGAGAUUUUAAAAUUCAUAAUAAUGAAUAUUUACAAUUAGCAGACUGGAAUACUCAAUAUACAUUAAGAAGCAGCUGCGGUUCAACCGGAUGUGGAGAGUCUAAUAUAUGCUACUCACAGGCUAAUCAAUGGUGUGGGUCAUAUUUGGCUUUAGUUCAGCCUUCUUUGUGGACAAGCAGCCCUUAUUUUACAGUUUCUUCAACACAAACUAGCAAAAUUAUUACAUCCACUGACGAAGUUUACUUUGGAAAGACUUUAUCAUCAGCUUUGAGUGCUUCUACAAGCUUAUCUGUCACAGGGUACACAAAUAAAAUGGCGACGAUACCGACCCGUCCUCUCCCGGAACUGUGGCGAGAUUGGGGACCUUGCUGCGGCCUGAAGCCAAUCCGCCCAGGAAAAGGUCUGGAAUGGGUGCUGGUAGUUUGUGUCGGCUAGUUUCCCUCCCAGUCCAGCUACGACGAUCCUAGGUCGUCCCAAUAGGACACGGGGCAAAAAGGGUUUUUCCUCUAGGGACCGCUAGUGUCAAUUUGGAGGGCAUGGCAGGAGCCGACAAGAGCUAAAGGAGUUAAUCCUUAGCUCUAACCCUAGUCUGGCGACGUGAAGCACGGUGACCCAGUCCGCCUACUUCCGGGAUAGCAUGGCCAAGCCCCAUGACCGAAGGAGCUAAGUGGUAGCCUGUGGCACUUAGGUGUACACUGGGAGCAGGGCAAGGAAAGCAAGCGAGGCGUCCAAAAGGCGGAAGAAAAGGACCUUCGGUCUUGGCAAGGAACUACUCUAUAAUUUUAACUAAGACUAAGAUCUGUCACAGGGUGGAUAAAACCUAGUUCUACUUGUGGCUCAGGAACUACAAUUUUAAAAAUCAUGGCAAAUUCAGGCACCCCUUAUGCAUCUUCCAGCAAUAUUCUUAGUAUAAAUAUGGCAAGUACAUGUACGCAAAUGGAGGCAACAAUAUAUGAUAGUUCAGCAGCGUCCCAGCAAACAAUUCCAGGAUUUGCUCCAGGUGGUGUAACUACUCUAAAAAGUGUAUGGACAUUUUUUGCAGUUACUUCGGAUGGAACAAAUUUUGUAUUAUACAUAGGAACUUCUUCAAUCCCAGCAUCAUCCUCUAUGUCUGCAGGACCUACAGCUACAUUAGUGCCUAAUGAUAUUUGGAUUUUUGUAGGAGGAAGCGAUACAACCUCAUUCAAAGGAGAUUAUGCUGAUUUAAGGCUGUAUCCAGGAACUGCCCUAGCAGUAGCAGAUAUCAACGGUAUUUAUGGCAGCUCUUCAGCAUUUAUGGAUCCAGUAUGCACUUCAUUUUCUAGUAUUUGGACCUGCCAAACAUGUCCAAGUGGUUACUAUAUAGUUGGAGCAAUGUGCCAAAGUAAGAUAUAAUUAGAAUGCCAUCCUUCUUGUGCUACAUGUACAGCUAAUGAUGAAAUUUCCUGCAGCUCGUGCUCUGCAGGAAACUAUAAACAAUAUGGUCAUGCAUUAUUGUGCUUUGAUUAUUGUCCUAUAGGCUUCACAGAGGACACUUCUACUAAUUCCUGCACCGGAACACCAGGAGUCAGUCUAAACCUUAAUUUUGAAGACAAUUUAACCGGAGAUUUUUCUCAAUCGGACGUCCUUAUCCAAUAUGGACUCAGUGCAGGGACUUAUUAUCCUGAUUAUGAUUUCCAAGACCCUGCCCCUGCAAAUAAAAGAGGGAUUUAUCUAGAAAGAGGAGGGCUUCAAGUCAUCCCGAAAUCUUCAAGCCAGACUGGAAGAGUUAUGGGGACUGAUUUCACUAUUGAACUAUGAGCAAUGCCAAUGCUAUCCGGGACGUUUUUUUCUUCUUUUACAAGCUCAAAGACAUGUGUUUACUAUUAUUUCAAAGAAAGCUGCUCCUGGAAGACAUCGAAUCCAAUUGUGUUUGAAAUUGAUGAUUAUGGAAGGAUGGUCGUGCAUUUGGUCAAUCAGGAUGGGACUGGCCAAGAUUUAUACACUCCUUCUGUAGUCAGCAGUUUUUCUCCUUAUGAGUGGGCUCUUUAUGCAGUAUCUCUCACUUUUGAUGAUUCCAUAACGACAACAUCAGUCAAUAUUAUGAGAAAUACUUUUUCCUACACUUAUUCUUCUAUUUCUGGCUAUUUCAAAGAAACUAGUAAUAUGCUUCAUUGGAUCGGCGCAUAUAGUGGAGCUGCUAGCUAUGUAGGCUACAUUUAUAGCUUUGUGCUCUAUAACUAUGGCCGCGCACCAUCAGUCGUCCAAGGAGGCUUAGGAUCUUGUACCUGCACCGCAUGUUCUGCAAGUCUAGGGUACUGUCUCCCCACAUGUACCAAAAAGCAGUACGUUGAUGACAAUAAUUUAUGCCAAAGCUGUGACAGUUCUUGCAGCCACCCUUGUAAUAAAGCAGAUACUUGUAAUCUUUGCUAUGACGAUUUAUGCUAUGAAUGCUCUCACUAUGGGCUCGGUUAUUGCACUGAAUGCGUUACACAUGCAACUUUAUCAAGUGGGUCUUGUCAUUGCUCCUCUGGCUAUGUAAAACAAAAUUCAACCUGUGUAGAUUCCUGCGACGAUGGCUACUAUGUAGAUUUAGCUGCUGGAGCUUGUACACAAUGCCCUUCACAUUGCAAAAAAUGUGACGCAUCUACCUGUUUUGUAUGUUUUUCUGAUUUUAUUAUAAGUGAUGGCAUCUGUACUUGUGCGGAUGGCUGGUUUUCGACUGAAAAUGAUACAUGUGAAGCCUGCGACACUUCUUGCAAAACUUGUUCAGUAGUUUCUUCAAACUGCACCUCAUGUAUAUCUAGUGCCCCUGUCCUCUAUGAUGGAAAUCAAUGCUAUCCUUGUUCCUCAUUCCAAGGUUAUGGGUACACUUAUGCAGUUUCUAUCAGUAGCAUGAGUACAUCUUUAUUAACCCAAUUAGCCCAAAAAUGCACAGAAAUCUGUGGGGAUGGAAAACAUAUGGGCCAAGCUCAAUGUGAUGACGGAAAUAAUAGAAGUGGAGAUGGGUGCUCAUCUGUAUGUAUAGUAGAAACAGGAUGAUCUUGCUCUGGUGGGACUUAUACGACAAAUGAUGUCUGUAUUGAUACAACUCCUCCUGAACCAUCUUUAGCUUAUAUGAGUGAGACUAGCUCUGGGUAUUUGCUUGGGCUUACUUUUAGUGAGCAGAUUAGUGUAUUGAUUGAAAUGGGAAAAAAUAUAGAAAUUGAUGUGGGCGGGGCAAGGAAAUUCGAUUGGUCGAUUAAUUUGAAUAAUUUGGUUUAUAUUAUUACGCUGAAGAUGUAUGAAAAUGUCGCGACUGGAACUACAGUGACACUUAAGUUUGUGAACCCGAGUGGAAUAGUUGAUUUAAGUGGGAAUCAAAUGCAAAAAAGUACGGCAAAAACAAGUUUGCCGACUUCGUUUACGUAUUCGAUGGGGGAGGCUACUACGACGACGGUAACUACUGUUGCUGGGGUUGCUGGAGCUGGGGCUAUUACUGCUGCAGGGUUUGCAUCGUGUGCUGGAGGAAUGUUUAAUCUUCAAGCAUUGUGGGGAAUGGUUGAAAUGAUGCAGCUUAUAAAUUAUCUUAUAUUUUUGUCUCCUAACCCCCCCUCCCUGAGUGAGCAAAACCAUUAGAAAAAUCGCUAUUUUUGCCAAAAAACCCACCCUCCGUGAGUGAACAAAAAUUUUUAUGGAAAACAAAUUUGAUAUAUAAAUGAUAAUUAGUAUAAUGAAAUCUAGAGCUAAUUCUGUUUAAUUUUAAACGAACUGCUUUUUAAAACAUAAAUUUUAUAAAUUAAAUUAAUAUUUGCUUUCCAAUUUUGAGAAUUAGGAUUUUUUUAAAUUUUGAAAAAAAAAAUAUUUUUUUAUAAAAUUUAUAUAUAAAUUGUUUUUAAAAAAAUAUGCUUUAUAAAAUUUAUAUAUAAAUUGUUUUAAAAAAAAAAAUUAACCCUCCUGAGUGAACAAAAUUUUUUUGUUCACUCACGGAGGGGGGAGUAAGUAUCCUGAAAAUGUGAAAACAUUUUUAAGUGCCCUUGGUAUUGCAAAUGGAAACUUUUUGCCUAACCCAUUUCAGAUAUAUGCAGUAAAAGAUGAUCCCUUCCCAGAUCCUCCAAAAGCAUUUUAUGACGAAAAUUUUAACACCGAUUUCUUUAUGAAUGCUGGGCAGUUUAUUUUGUUAUGGAUGGUCAUUUUAUCCGGUAUGCCAUUAGUCUUUCUCGGUUACAGAUAUUUCCCAAAAUUCAGACUAAUAAGAUGGCUAAAAAAUUCCUAUGCAUUCUCCGUGCUCCUCAGAACUGGUAUUGAGUCGUUCUUAGAAAGCACUCUUGCAGUUUUUCUUCAAUGAAGACAUCUUGUUAGGCCAAACCAAGAUAUCGGUUACGUUUCAAUGACUUUAAGCUUUUUGACUUUUAUUUAUCUUAUGUUCACCUUUGGAUUAGUAAUUUUUAAAGUAACCAGAAAAACUGAAAAUGUCCUAAAAAAAGAAAACCAUGAAAGAAAAUAUGGGACCUUAUAUGAUAGCUUUAAAAGAAAUUCAAGAAUUACUUCAUCGUUUUUAAUGUUUCAAAAUGUCAGAAGAGUUGUUUUUGUGCUACUAUGUGUAUUUUUAUAUGAGUAUACAACAGUUCAAGUAGCUUUGUCUACUUUGGUCUCAUUUGGGUACACUCUUUCACUUAUUUUACUAACUCCUCUAUGAAUCAGCGAAAUUAAACCCCUUGAUAUAUGAUUUUUGAAUUUAAACAGGCUAUUAAAAUUUUUGAGAGUUUAAAUUUAAUUAUUAAUUUAUUUCGAUUGCUAUUUUUCGCUAUAUAAAAGAUAAUAGAAAAAUUUGUAGCUUAUUGAACGAAAGAGUAAGACCUUUUGAAAAAUCAGUGUUAGGAAAUGCUAUCAAUAUUGGCAGUGAGCUUCUUUAUUUUGCUGCACAUUGUAUUAUACUGAAGUUUUUAGAUGAUCAGCUAACAGACUCAGAAAGAGAUGAUCUUGGCUGGGGAGUAAUUGCUUUAUUAGCAUCAUCUUUAACUCUUCAUUUAAUAGCAUGUCUUGUAACACAAAUUCUUGAUAUCAUUAAUGGAAUGAAAAAAUGCAAGACUUGGUUCAUGAAAAACUUUGCAAAUAAGUUUGCAAGAUUCUAUAUACAAAUUAAAAUGAAGUUGCCUAAUAAAUUAUUUAAAUAAAUCAUUAAUUUAUAUGAUAAUAUUAUAUUAGGUUCUAUAGAAAACUGGGCAAAUUGAGAUUUAAAAGUAUAAAGGGAAAGCAAUGAUUGAUACUAUUGUUUUGGAUAAUAAAGUAGAGCUUAAGAAGAAAACUCAAAAAGUUGGGAAAACACUAGGAAAUAAUAACGAGAAUUUAGCAUACUUUGAAGGCAAAAAAACUGGAAUUGUAGACGAUGAUCUGAAUUUAAAUGAUACAAAAAUAAGACCUGCUGAAGAAGACAGCCCGUUUGAAGAAACUAUGGGAGAUGAAUCAUUCAAGAAAACUUCAAAAUCAGAAAGAACUGAGGAGAUUUAUUCUUUGAGGAGAAAGAAAGUUCUAUCCCCUUAG